CUGAUCUGAAACACCAAGUCCAGUCAAUGGCUGUUGAAGAGGUCCUUCCUGGAGAGAAUAUAACUCUAAAUUGUGACAUCAAGCACGACGGGGAAACCUCUUGGUUUGUACUUUAUCCAGAACAAGCUCCAAUUCACAUAUUUCAGGGUGUUUUAAAACUAAUAGACAAUACAACAAACCCUACAUACUUCAACGGCUUCAGUGAAUCUCGUUUUUACCCCCUGCUGAACCGCACGACCUGGACUAUCAGUAUGAGGAUAGACAACGUUUCUCAGCAGGAUUUUGCUUUGUAUUUCUGCAUGGUUCGAGUGAGAGGAGAAAUGAAAUGUGGAAAUUUAACAAAACUUGUGUUGGCGCAGAACUCAACGUCAGAACCGAAAACAGAAACUAACAAUGGAUCGAACAGUCAUCUGUGCUGUAGUUCGCUGUGCUGUAGUUUGCUGGGCUGCGUCUCCUUCCUAUUCGUGGUCGCCUCCUCUGCCUUUGUCUGUUACUUUCAAAAAAGAGGUGCUAAGGGUGCGAGAACACACAAAGAGAAGACCGAGGAGAACAAGUCACAUCCUGUUGUACAGGAAGAAGAAAGUGGUGUAGAUUACGCUAGUCUGGAUCUGGGAAAAACUCCCAAGAGGAAAAAGGAAAAAGAUAGACCCCAAAACGAUGUGACGUAUGCAGUAGUCAAGCGCUGACGUCCUUCUCCGGCAGAGGUUCCUGGCUUGAAAAGUGUGUUCCAUCAAUCUGAUAGAGGAACGACCAAAAAACGUCCUCCCAAGAGUGCAUGUUUUAUUUAAGAUUCAGAAUAUGU